AUGGCAAAGAAGGUGGGAAGCCAGGGACCAGUAACUAUCCUAUUGGACUCCCAUUCCGCCAUUGCCAGGCUGCAGCAUACUCAAACAGGGCCAGGACAGGCCCUAGUAGUGCAGGCACACAUGGCCGCCCAGGAACUGCAAGCCCAGGGUCGCGAACCCACUAUACAAUGGGUCCCAGGGCAUGCAGGGGUAGAAGGAAUUGAAAGAGCUGACCAGGCAGCAAAGCUGGCCACUAGCAGACCUCCAGGAGCUGGUCCAAGGGAGAUCUCUUUGGCCUUUGCCCGCAGAGCCCGGACAGAGGAUAUUCAGGCACAAAGACAAGAAUGGCUCACCAAGGAGCUCAACCGGCGAUCCCAACAGGCCCGACGGUCCUACAGGCCACAUAGAACCUGGAAGAUUAAUCCAUCAGCUGAGGUAGCUUUCAAACACCUGUCAAGCCGCUUUUUUCAGUUGAAGUCGGAGCAUGCAGCUGUUGGGGUAUAUUUAUACCGGAUCAAGGCCCAAGAUAACAUGAGAUGUCAAGGAUGCGGAGCAUUGAAGGAGACUGUGCAUUACCUUCUUUUUGAAUGUCGGCAAUGGCGACACCAGCGGGACAAGCUCUACAAGGAUCUUGAGAAAGUUGGAGUUAUGAAACCUACUGCUGCAGAGGACUGCCCAGAAGAAGGAAGACUUCUCGGGGAGCCUAAGGCUACUGGGGCUCUACUAUAA